AUGUCUUUCCCUCAGCUGGGGUACCCCCAGUUCCUCAGUGCCUCCCAUGAGGUGUACGGGGGCGAGCGGCCGGCCUCUGCCCGGGAAGGAGCCACUGAAGGCGGCGUGAGCUCGUCCGCUACCGCCGCGGCUGUCGGCUCCAUGCUGGGGAUGUACGGGAGCCCAUGGGCGGCUCACAACUACAGUGCCUUUCUGCCGUACAGCGGAGCCACAGACCUCGCCCUCAUAUCCCAGAUGGGCUCCCAGUAUGAGCUGAAGGACAGCCCGGGGUCCCACCCUGCCUCUCUACCUGUCCACGCCGCUCAAGGCUUCUACCCCUACGGCCAGUACGCGUACGGCGACCCGUCGAGAGCAAAGACGGCCACCCGGGAGACCACCAGCACCCUGAAGGCCUGGCUGCAGGAGCACCAGAAGAACCCGUACCCCACCAAAGGAGAGAAGAUAAUGCUCGCCAUCAUCACCCGGAUGACACUCACACAGGUGUCGACGUGGUUCGCCAACGCCCGCAGACGCCUGAAGAAGGAGAACAAGGUAACGUGGGGCCGCAGCGCCGAGGACCGGGACGGCCGCAUCUUCAGUAGCGAUAACGAGGACGAGCACGGCAAGACCGGCAGCGACGACGAGGAUGAAGAGGAGGAGAUUGAUUUGGAAACUGUCGAUAUCGAGAGACCCGAGGAGCAGCAGCAGCAGCAACGAGCGGGGGAGCAGGGAGAGGCGGAGGAAGAGGCCGACAGAGAGCAGGCCUCGGAGCCUCGGAGCUCCGAGAGCAGCAGGACGCUUUCAGCGGAGGGCCUGAGAGGAGCGGACGCGGCUCUCUCUCUCAACAGAUCUCCUGUUGUCAAACUCGCGGUGGAUCAUUCUCCCAGCAGACAGGAGUGCCAGAGACCCCCACAAAGCAAACCCAAAAUCUGGUCCCUGGCUGAGACCGCCACGGCCCCCGACAGCUCUCAUAAACCCUCCCCGGCGGCUCAUGCGCACCACCCGGCUUUGGCGUCCGCCGGCCACCCGGCCUUACUCCCGGGUCAUGGGAUUUAUACAUGCCAGAUUGGCAAGCUGCACAGCUGGGCCAACGCGGCUUUUCUGAAUGCCAACUCGCUUUUGAACAUGAGGUCGCUGCUCGGAGGGGCGCCGGCCGGACACCUGCCUCUCCACGGCGCAGUGCCGGUUGCGCGUCAUGACGCACGGCCGGCGGCGGCGGGUCCUGGGACUUCGGGGACGGAGGACGACAGUGAUGCAGAAUCGUCGGGAAGCUUCAGUCCAAAAAGAGAUGACGAAGAGAGCGACCACAGGCCUGACUCCCUCAAGUCCCCAUUCCAGCUGAUCACUGACAGACCUCACCAUGGGACAGCACCACAGCGAGUUCUGACAACGACAUUAUGAGAAGACAAAGAAACAAAAAAGAAUAAUUUUAUUUAAC